AGAGAUGAGCCCCUUGACCAUCCCAAGGAAGAGUGGUUAACAGAUGCAAGUUGUUUUAUGCAUCAGGAAAACAGGAGGGCUAGAUAUGCUAUUAUUAGCACAAGAGAAUCAGUCAAGGCACAAGGCUUGCUGGCCUCGACCUCAGCUCAAAAAGCUGAGUUAAUUGAACUUACUAGGCCCCUGCAGUUGGGAAAGGAUUUAGAAGUUAACAUUUACACUGAUUCGAAGUAUGACUCUUUAGUGCUUCAUGCUUAUGCUGCAAUUUGGAAUGGGUGGGGACUCCUGACCCCCAAGGGCUUUUCCAUACAACAUGAUUCAGAUUUUGAGCUUGUUAGAAUGCUGCUUUGCUGCCAAAAAGUGAGUAUAAUUAAUUGCAGAGGACAUCAAAAGAGAGACUGACCAUGAAAAAGGAAAUGCCCUUGUAGAUGCCGCAGCCAAGGCCCCUGCCCUGAAAGGGCCAAUGAAGCUUGUGGGUGUGCUGGUCAGCAUACAUAGAACUGGGCCAGAAUACCCUGAAGAAGAACAGAAAUGGGCCAGGGAUUGCAUUUCAUUCCAGGGCCCCUCUGGCUGGCUGAAUGAUGGAAAUAAAUUACUAAUGCCAAGUACCAGUCACAGGAGUAUAACUCAGCACUUUCAUGAUUCUUUUCACCCUAGAAGGGAUUCUUUGUUUCUGUUAAUGUCUCAUUUGUUCAUAGGGGUAAAUCUUUUCAAGACACUAAAACAGGUAACUCAGCCCUGUGAGCUCUGUGCCUGACAUGACCCAAACGGCCAGCAAUUUUCUCCUUCUCCAGUUAAACCUGUCCAAAAUUGAGGAACCUAUCCAGGUGAGAACUGGCAACUCUAAUUUACCCCGAAGCCUUUCUGCAGGAGAUUCAAAUAUUUGCUAAUGCUUACUGAUACCUUCACUGGUUAGAUCGAGGCAUUCCCCACCCCAUCUGAAAAAUGUUUACCAGAAGAAAUAACUCCUCAGUUUGGGUAAUCUAAAAGCCUGCAAAGUGACAAUGGCCCAUCUUUCACAGCAGGCGUAACCCAAAACCUAUCCUCAGCUUUAAGAAUCCAAUAUGACCUUCACUCUGUGUGGAGACCGCAGUCCUCUGGAAAGGUGAAAGGGCUAAUCCUACUCUACAGAAGACUCCAGCUAAAUCAGAGGCCUGACUCUCUCUAACACCCAUAGCUUACUGAGGGUUUGAACUGCUCCAAAGUAAAACAUAUAAUCAAGUCCUGUUAACAUGUGGAAGGCCUUUCCUAGCCGCAGAUCUCCUGAUAGAUGAAAAGACUCAUCAAUUACAAAAAUACGUCAUCAAUCUAGGACAGGUGCAAAGGCACUCUAUGGAAACAAGAGUCUUCCCCUCCCACAUGGGAGGAAAAUUCAGUUUCAGCUCAGCUAGGGAUUUAGUCUUACUAAAGACGCGGGAGGAAGUUCUCCAGCUGAGCAGCUUUCCCCAACGUGGAAAGGACCAGGCAAGGACACUUGAGUUCUCCAACAGAUGUUCAACGCCAGGGGAUUUACAGUUCUGGGAGGUGAUCUCUGACGAACAUGGCAUCGACUCCGCUGGCACCUACCACGGGGACAGCCACCUGCAGCUGGAGCGCAUCAACGUGUACUACAACGAGGCCAGCGGUGGCAGGUACGUGCCCCGCGCUGUGCUCGUGGAUCUGGAGCCGGGCACCAUGGACUCUGUGCGCUCGGGGCCCUUCGGGCAGGUCUUCAGGCCAGACAACUUCAUCUUCGGUCAGUGUGGGGCCGGAAACAACUGGGCCAAGGGGCACUACACAGAAGGUGCGGAGCUGAUGGAGUCAGUGAUGGACGUUGUCAGAAAGGAGGCUGAGAGCUGUGACUGUCUGCAGGGUUUCCAGCUGACCCACUCUCUGGGUGGGGGGACUGGGUCUGGGAUGGGUACCCUUCUGCUGAGUAAGAUCCGGGAGGAGUACCCAGACAGGAUCAUAAACACAUUCAGCAUCCUGCCCUCGCCCAAGGUGUCAGACACCGUGGUGGAGCCCUACAACGCCACCCUCUCAGUCCACCAGCUCAUAGAAAACGCGGAUGAGACCUUCUGCAUAGAUAACGAAGCACUGUAUGACAUAUGUUCCAGGACCCUAAAACUGCCCACACCCACCUAUGGUGACCUGAACCACCUGGUGUCUGCUACCAUGAGUGGGGUCACCACCUGCCUGCGCUUCCCGGGCCAGCUGAAUGCUGACCUGCGGAAGCUGGCCGUGAACAUGGUCCCGUUUCCCCGGCUGCAUUUCUUCAUGCCCGGCUUUGCCCCACUGACCAGCCGGGGCAGCCAGCAGUACCGGGCCUUGACUGUGGCUGAGCUUACCCAGCAGAUGUUUGAUGCUAAGAACAUGAUGGCUGCCUGUGACCCCCGUCACGGCCGCUACCUAACGGCGGCUGCCAUUUUCAGGGGUCGCAUGCCCAUGAGGGAGGUGGAUGAACAAAUGUUCAACAUUCAAGAUAAGAACAGCAGUUACUUUGCUGACUGGCUCCCCAACAACGUAAAAACAGCCGUCUGUGACAUCCCACCCCGGGGGCUGAAAAUGUCGGCCACCUUCAUUGGGAACAACACAGCCAUCCAGGAACUCUUCAAGCGUGUCUCAGAGCAGUUUACAGCAAUGUUCAGGCGCAAGGCCUUCCUCCACUGGUACACGGGCGAGGGCAUGGAUGAGAUGGAAUUUACCGAGGCUGAGAGCAACAUGAACGAUCUGGUGUCUGAAUAUCAGCAAUAUCAGGAUGCCACGGCCGAGGAGGAGGAGGAUGAGGAGUAUGCUGAGGAGGAGGUGGCCUAGAACUCUCCUUUUCUAGGUAAAGGGGGGAAGCAGUGUGGAUUCUUCACUGUGUUCUGACAGCCAUGUGUCACUACGCGCUUGUUCAUUUGUGUCUUCACAUCUCCUGCUGCAUUUUAAAGCAUUUCUAUAGUAUGCGGUUUUGCCUAAUAAAGCAUUUUCACAGCAU